AUGACUAUUGUGGUGCAUAUGUUUGUAGUGACUACAGGUCUGUUUCUAGUUGGUGAUGCAAUCAAAUAUCUGUUGGUAUCAGCCGACGCGUCCGCAUGGCCGAAACAAGAGGGCACAUAUCAAGUUGAUAAUAAUCCAAAAACGCACACUCACACGGAUUAUUUGAAAUUGCGUCUGCGUACCCUGAAGUCCAACCUGCUGGUCACGGAGGAUCACCUGCAUGAGCAUCUCAAUCUGAGGUAUCAAUUGAUUGCGGUUGAUCUGUGGCUUUAUGGCACCUACUUCUUGCUGCUGAUGUGCUUGGUGCUGGUUUCCCAGGAUAAAUUGCUGUAUUACAAUACCAAUAUGAUGACUAAACUGUUCUCGAAGAAUCAAACUUAUUCAUUGGGACUGAAUUAUGUACAAAGUUUAUAUCAAACGUACCAAUUUAUUGAGUCUGCACUUAUCAACUCCUUUAAUCCGAAUGCCACAGAAACAGGGACACAUGGAUGGAUAUAUGGGGAUCAUAAUUCAAAGCUAGGAGUUGUCCGAUUGCGCCAAAUACGCAGGAAGGAAAAUUACCACCUCGGCUGGAACGGCAUUAGAUACACGAGUCUCGCCUAUAUGCCGAAAUGGGAGCUACCUUAUAAACGGAUGGCCUACACAGACAAGUAUUGGCAUAUCUAUGAGCCAUGGCUGCCCUCAUCUGUCACCUAUACUACAUUUGAGAAAAAGUUUAUGAACUUCGAUCACGAGGGUUAUUUCUCGGAUUACCCAGAGUUCGCAGGCUACAUUACAAUGCUGGCUCGCACUAGAAACAACAGCAUGAAGGUCUUAAAUUAUCUCCAGGCGAACAAUUGGCUCACUAAGGAGACAAUUGUGCUAUUUUUGGACUUUACACUCUACAAUGCCGAUGCAAAUAUAUUUUCCAUAUGCACUUUCCUUUUGGAACAGACGCCCUUUGGCACCGUCAAUACCGACGCGCAUGUGCUCAGUGUUAAAAUGCAAAUCCUGGAUCAGUUAGGGACACUUGGGUUCACCAUAGCGGGCCUUUAUGCUUUUAUUCUCAUUCGGUUCGCGAAAACAUUGGUAGUAACAAUCUGGUAUGAGCCAGCCAAGCUACACAACAUGUGGAAUAAAAUGGACUUGGUUAUUCUGCUACUCAAUGUGUUGGUAGCAGCCUUAAUAAUCACACAGGAAAUAAUAGUGUCUCAUCUGCUGGCGAAAGUCGAAGGAGCUAGCAAAUUGGAAUUCCUUGACUUUCGACGACCUGCACGUCUGCAUACCCUGUCCAGUAUAAUGAUUGGAUUUCUCGUUUGCCUGACCACAUUGCGAUUAUGGAAGGUGUUGCAGUUCGCCAACGUUUUCCAACUAUUCUCGGCCGCCCUUUAUUCAGCCUGGCAAGCACUUGCGAGUACGGCCUUGAUAAUUGUCAUAUUUUUGAUGGCUUUCGGCUUUGCGGUUGCCAUUAUCAACGGCAAUAAUACGGGGAACUUUAUCCAUAUAUAUAGAAGUAUCAUUACCUCCUUGUGCUUCUCCUUUGGCUUUAGCUCGCAUGUUACUCCCCAGGACCUUUUCUAUGGCGGUGAAAUCAUAGGCCUUAUACUUUAUUUCUUACUGGCCUUUGUGCUGGCUCAACUGCUGAUAAACGUCUUCGUUUCGACCAUCAACGGAUAUUUUCAGUAUGCCAAGUCUUUUAGGGACGCCCGAUAUGUGCGUCGCAUUAACUUCCUACAGUUUCUACGAGUCGAAUACGCCCAUAUCUUAAAUCAUUUAACCGGGAAGCCAUUUUUCUAUAGAUCCUACCAUCGAAACAAUCGCACAGUUGCUGAGAAUAUUAAAAUCAUUUUGGAUCAACAGCAAAGGUCUGGUACAAAGAACCGACAUCAUGCAUUCGCCACAUCCCGUCAGAAGACUGGGGACAUCACUGAUGAAGUUAAAAAGCAAGCGGAAUAUAAGCGUCGCAUUGGACGUCUGUUUACCAUAGCAUCUAUUAUGCAGACCCAGAUGGAAAUCCUUGAACAUCUGUGGCUUACCACGGUUGAAGAACGCCUUGCAGCCACUUCAGAUUCUGAUGAAGACGAAGAACCGGGCGAUGAAUACAUUGCUUAA